AUGAGGGGCGAGCGCCGACGGGAGGAGGAGGAGCGGGAAGUCGCAGACGAGGAGGGCUACCACCCGGACACGGGAGGCGACCAAGAGGACGGGGAAGAUGAUGAUGAUGACGGGGACGGCAUGGGUGAGGAGGACGACGAAGAGGAAGAAGAUGACGGAGACGGCGAGGACGACAACGACGACAACGACGACGACGACAACGACGACGACGACGACGACGAUAAUGAGGGGUUUGAGAGCGGCAUCGCGAGGUCGGCGCAGACCCGGCUGACAUCGGACUCGUACCAGUCCAUGCCGUGCGACAGCGAGUUCUUCUGCCGGGACUCGGCCUCGAGCAACAGCCACACGCCCGACGACGAGAACGAAGAGGACGAAGAUACGACCCCGAUGAUCGGGUUGAACGGCCGUCCCUUUCGCCGGGGUCGAGGAGACAGGAGGAGACACCACGUCCCCAAAGGCAGCAAGAAAAGGGUUGUCGUUCGACGAUCUGUCGGCGUGGACAGUCGCAACGAAGACGGCGGCGGCCGCGGGGGCGGCGACGAGGGCGGGGGCGGUAGCGGCCCCAGGUGCUCUGCCGCCACCGUUGCCGCCCUCGGUGUGCUGGGAACGGCGGUGGCGGGUGCCGCGGUUCUGGCUCGCGCCCGUCGGCGUUAGACCGCGGGUGCGAAUCGUUUUGCCUUGAGCGACCAGUUUAACGUCAGGUCGGUUCCCUAGCCGGAGGCAAACAUCGCAAGAAACGAGCGAUCAGUGGAGGCGGAAGCUGUGUGUUGGGAAGUGUUCUGUUAAGGUUUACAAGUUCGAGAUGAUGAUUUGAUAUAUAUUUGUAUAUAUAUAGAGAGAGCACUCCGAGUUUGGUUCCAAGUAUGUGGGCGAACACGGAAGUGGGGUGGAGAGGUGCCAACAGAGUUGGCGCGGCCAACGGCUUACUUUCGGUCUGCGCAUUCGUCUGCUGUGUGCAAAAAAUCUUCCGCCAUCGGAACGGUCUCUUCCGGAAUUUCUUCGAUUUUCAGGUUUUCUUUUUGCGGGGGAUUUUUGCCAGGGAAAUUUUGCCGAAUCAGUUGCAGAGUAAUUUUUCUUCAUGACUGGAUGGAACAAUAUUUUUUCUCUUGUACAAUUUUCCUUUCCUUUUUGAUUUUUUGUUUUUUUUCACGGCGUUGAGUCGGCUGGUGCUGUUGUGCCAUUCGUUCUUGGGUGUCUUGGUUGCCCCUUUCACCCACCGAGCACGUUCGUUGCUGGUGUAUGAGAGCGCGCGCGCCAAGCGGCGAAUACGGUCGGAGCAAGAAUCCGAAGGCCGCCAUCCACGAUGGGAGCGUGCUCGGGUUUCCUAACGGAGAGCCCGCGUUUGAUGCCCUUGUAGGUAGGGCUUUCGGCAUGACUAGGCGCGAUCACCAUCUCAUCUAUCCGCGUGCUUCGACUCGAGAACGCCAAUCGUGUUUGGUGCACGGCCAUGAUCUGUCUGUGCUUCGAAUGAAGUAUGAUCGGAAUUGUGUGUCACGACCACGUGGUGUUUGUUGCGUGUUGUUUGUUGGUGGGUUGCUAGAGAGAGAGAGAGAGAGAGAGAGAGAGAGAGAGAGAGAAAGAGAGAGAGAGAGAGAGCGAGAGAGAGAGAGAGAGUGUUCGUGCGUGGGGGUGGGGGAGAGUACUAUUAUGACAGGGGUGACAUCCACGGUGUAGGGUGGGAUGGUGCCGCGUGACGGGCUGCGUGUACCAUGGGACGGUUACUCGUGUAGUAGUUUUCCGGGCCGCGUGACGGACCGCGUGCACCGUGGGACGGUUUCCCGUGGUCACUAGUCUUCCUUCCGCCGGGUAAAUUCAUCGCCGAUACUGCUGGUUUUGGCUGGGAUAGUUCUUGGUGUGGUCCCCCCUGGUUGUACUGCUGGCCGUCGUCUGCUGCUGCUUCA